UGGACAGCAACAGCAAAGCGCCUUCCUUAGGCCCCCAGACCACCUGCUGACACGCGUGGACUUUCGAAAACAUCUGUCGUGUCGAGGGAUGUUCGCCCGAACCGCGGCUCUCGCCGUCCGGCGCUCAGCGCCACCGAUGAGACGACUGGCCCCUGCGGCGCUGGUCAACGCGGCGCCGGGCGGCGCGGCGCCGUUCAGCACGAGGUCAGCCCUCCCGACGCCCGUCACUGCGGCGCUGGGCUCGCCCGGCGCCCGCGCGCCCUUCAGCGCGCGACUCGCCGAGCGCGCGUUCAGCACGCGACCAGCAACCGCCGCUACAGCGCCGCCAACAUCAAAAAAGAAGCGCGGCCGCGCGCUCCCGGCACCGUUAACCAUCACGCCGGCCGCCGCGGAGCGAAUAAACGAUUUGUGCGCCUCGAAGCCCGAGGUCCUCGGCGUGCUGCUGGGCGUGAAAAGGCGGGGCUGCAACGGCAUGUCCUACACGCUCAACUACGCCGAGGAGCCGCCGCCGAGCGACCACGAAAAAGUUGAAGCCGACGGCGCGACGGUCUGGGUCGAGCCGCCGGCCCUGUUCCACAUCGUGGGCACGGUCAUGGACUUCGAGGAGUCGGCCUUGGAGACGGGCUUCACGUUCACGAACCCCAAUGAAAAAGGUAGAUGCGGCUGCGGCGAGUCGUUCAACGUGUAGAUAUUGCUAGUGUAAGGAUUUGUGUGAUUGCCU